AUGUGGUCAGGAGCAGUGGAGCUGUGGUCAGGAGCUGUGGAGCUGUGGUCAGGAGCUGUGGUCAGGAGCAGUGGUCAGGAGCUGUGGAGCUGUGGUCAGGAGCUGUGGUCAGGAGCUGUAGUCAGGAGCUGUGGUCAGGAGCUGUGGAGCUGUGGUCAGGAGCUGUGGUCAGGAGCUGUAGUCAGGAGCUGUGGUCAGGAGCUGUGGUCAGGAGCUGUGGUCAGGAGCUGUGGUCAGGAGCUGUGGAGCUGUGGUCAGGAGCUGUGGUCAGGAGCAGUGGAGCUGUGGUCAGGAGCUGUGGUCAGGAGCAGUGGUCAGGAGCUGUGGAGCUGUGGUCAGGAGCUGUGGUCAGGAGCUGUAGUCAGGAGCUGUGGUCAGGAGCUGUGGUCAGGAGCUGUGGUCAGGAGCUGUAGUCAGGAGCUGUGGUCAGGAGCUGUGGUCAGGAGCUGUGGAGCUGUGGUCAGGAGCUGUGGUCAGGAGCUGUGGAGCUGUGGUCAGGAGCUGUGGUCAGGAGCUGUAGUCAGGAGCUGUGGUCAGGAGCUGUGGUCAGGAGCUGUGGUCAGGAGCUGUGGAGCUGUGGAGCUGUGGAGCUGUGGUCAGGAGCUGUGGUCAGGAGCAGUGGAGCUGUGGUCAGGAGCUGUGGAGCUGUGGUCAGGAGCUGUGGUCAGGAGCUGUAGUCAGGAGCUGUGGUCAGGAGCUGUGGUCAGGAGCUGUAGUCAGGAGCUGUGGUCAGGAGCUGUGGUCAGGAGCUGUGGUCAGGAGCUGUGGUCAGGAGCUGUGGAGCUGUGGUCAGGAGCUGUGGUCAGGAGCUGUGGUCAGGAGCUGUGGUCAGGAGCUGUGGUCAGGAGCUGUGGUCAGGAGCUGUGGAGCUGUAGUCAGGAGCUGUGGUCAGGAGCUGUGGUCAGGAGCUGUGGUCAGGAGCUGUGGUCAGGAGCUGUGGUCAGGAGCUGUAGUCAGGAGCUGUGGUCAGGAGCUGUAGUCAGGAGCUGUAGUCAGGAGCUGUGGUCAGGAGCUGUAGUUAGGAGCUGUAGUCCGGAGCUGUGGUCAGGAGCUGUGGUCAGGAGCUGUGGUCAGGAGCAGUGGUCAGGAGCUGUGGUCAGGAGCUGUGGUCAGGAGCAGUGGAGCUGUGGUCAGGAGCUGUGGUCAGGAGCUGUGGUCAGGAGCUGUAGUCCGGAGCUGUGGUCAGGAGCUGUGGUCAGGAGCUGUGGUCAGGAGCAGUGGUCAGGAGCUGUGGUCAGGAGCUGUAGUCAGGAGCUGUGGUCAGGAGCUGUAGUCAGGAGCUGUGGUCAGGAGCUGUGGUCAGGAGCUGUGGUCAGGAGCUGUGGUCAGGAGCUGUGGAUCACAUGUUUCAAAGCCACAGGAAGUGAUGUCACCGAGGAUUUCCUCUGA